AUGAACCGUUUCGUGCCUCGCGUCAGCCGUGUGCUCGUCCCACAGGCGCGCCUCUCGUCAUCGUCUUCGGCCCCCCGAUCGUCGACAUCCCCCGCGUCUGCCGAUGCCGAACCACCAAACGCAGAGCCAUCAUCGACGCACGCAUCAUCGACGCAUGCCUCAUCGACGCCUGCCCCAAAAGCCCAGCGCAAAACCAUGGCCGAACUCGACGCCGAACUCCGCCUCAAGAUGGAGGGCAUCUCCGGCGAAGGCGGCGCCGCCGGCGUCGAGUACGAAGACGGCAAGGCCGAAGGCCUCAAGCGCGGCGUCAAGUCCAACAUGUUCCGCGUCAUCUAG